GGAAGUGUCUCUAUGGAGACGGGAGGAGCUCGGGUCUGGCCGGGGCUGGGAUGGAGAAAUACGAGCGGAUCCGCGUGGUGGGGAGAGGGGCUUUCGGCAUCGUGCACCUGUGCCUGCGCAAGGCUGACCAGAAGCUGGUGAUCCUGAAGCAGAUCCCGGUGGAGCAGAUGAGCAAGGAUGAACGGCUGGCAGCACAGAACGAAUGCCAGGUCCUCAAGCUGCUCAGCCACCCCAACGUCAUUGAAUACUACGAGAACUUCCUGGAGGACAAAGCGCUCAUGAUUGCCAUGGAGUAUGCCCCAGGAGGCACACUGGCAGAGUUUAUCCAUAAGCGCUGUAACUCCUUGCUGGAUGAGGAUACCAUCCUGCACUUCUUCGUUCAGAUUGUCCUGGCUCUCCACCACGUUCACACCAAGCAGAUCCUGCACCGUGACCUGAAGACUCAGAACAUCCUCUUGGACAAACAUCGCAUGAUCGUCAAGAUUGGAGACUUUGGCAUCUCCAAAAUCCUGAGCAGCAAGAGCAAAGCCUACACGGUUGUGGGAACUCCGUGCUACAUCUCCCCAGAGCUCUGUGAGGGGAAGCCUUACAACCAGAAGAGUGAUAUUUGGGCUUUGGGCUGUGUUCUGUAUGAACUUGCCAGCCUCAAGAGAGCUUUUGAAGCAGCGAAUCUUCCUGCCUUAGUUCUGAAGAUCAUGAGUGGGACAUUUGCCCCAAUAUCAGACAGAUACAGCCCUGACCUUCGCCAGCUCAUCCUCAGCAUGCUGAACCUGGAUCCUUCCAAGCGGCCGCAGCUGAAUGAGAUCAUGGCUCAGGCCAUCUGCAUUCGGCCUCUUUUGAACCUCUAUACCGAUGUGGGAAGUGUCAAAAUGAGAAGGCCUGAAAAACCCAUGGCUCCAGUGCCAGCAGUGACCCACAGCCGGACAGGGGGACGAGUGAGCAGUGCCAGGCCGAGGGGUGUUCGAGGAGGUUCAGCCAGGACAGGAAUCCCUCCUCCGCUGUCAUCCAUCUACACCUGGGGCAGUGGCAUCACCACCCCGCUGCGCCUGCCCAUGCUGAACACUGAAGUGAUGCAGGUGUCUGCUGGCAGGACACAGAAGGCUGGGGUCACUAAAUCAGGACGUCUCAUUAUGUGGGAGGCUCCCCCAAUGGGUGCUGCAGGAGGCCCUUCUCUCCCAGGAGCCACCGAGCAGCUCCAGCCUCAGUUUGUGUCCCGUUUUCUGGAGGGUCAGUCUGGUGUAACCAUCAAACACGUGUCCUGUGGUGAUCUCUUCACAGCCUGCCUCACAGACAGGGGCAUUAUCAUGACGUUCGGUAGUGGCAGCAAUGGCUGCUUGGGGCAUGGAAACUUCACAGACGUGAGCCAGCCCAAGAUCGUGGAGGCCCUGCUGGGCUAUGAGAUGGUGCAGGUGGCCUGUGGUGCGUCUCACGUCCUGGCAGUUUCCAACGAACGGGAAGUGUUUGCCUGGGGCAGGGGGGAUAACGGUCGGCUUGGGCUGGGUACUCUGGAGUGCCACAACUCCCCCCAGCAGGUCACAGUCCCACUGGAGCACGAAGCUCAGAGGGUCAUCUGUGGCAUUGAUUCCUCCAUGGUCCUCACUGUGAAGAACCAGAUUCUUGCUUGUGGGAGCAACAGGUGCAACAAGCUGGGCCUAGAUCAGAUCAGCUCAGCUGAGGAGCCUUCCCCAGAGGACCAGGUGGAAGAGGCCACCACGUUCAUGUGUGCCCAGUCGGCCCCCUUGAACCAGGAGCCCAUUGUGUGCGCCGACAUCGGCACAGCACAUUCAGCUGCUGUCACAGCAUCUGGCCAGUGUUACACUUUUGGGAGCAACCAGCACGGGCAGCUGGGUACCAACUCCAGCCGCAACAGCCGUGUACCCCGUCUGGUUGUGGGGCUCCAGGCAAUGAAGGUCACCGUGGUGGCUUGUGGGGAUGCCUUCACUGUGGCCAUUGGAGCAGAUGGCGAGGUGUGCACCUGGGGAAAAGGAGCCAGGGGCCGCCUGGGUAGGAAGGAUGAGGAAACAGGGACACCAAGGCCAGUGCAGCUGGAGGAGACACAUCCAUACCUGGUGACCUCCGUAGCCUGCUGCCACGGGAACACACUGCUGGCAGUAAAGCCUGCCAUGGAAGAGUCACCUUCCCAGUGAGUUUGAGUGGAGAGGGGCCAAAUCCAGCCUCGCUGUGCUCCCAGCAUGCCUGUCCUCUUGCUGCUGCCUGCUAUGGCCUGGCUUGGACCUGUGUCCCCAGGCUCCUCAGCUGCGCUCUGAAGGCAGUGGUGUGGAAACUGGGAGCUCCUGACAAUGGUUCUCAAGGAACUGCAGCCAGUCUUGCUUACGGUGUCAAGAGUCACUGUGAGCCUCCAGUGCCUGAGAGCUGCUGCCUUGGACAUGCCAUGGGGCAGAUGGCCCCAGAGCUCUGGGGCAGGUCACAAUAGGGCUCUGCUCCUCCCCACUGGAUGUGCCUGUGUAGAAGGGUGAGGAGCACAGAGGUUGUUUUCCCUGAUGGAAACUGUCUCUGGUUACAAAGCCCAGGCUGACAGCUUGGUGUCUGAGCAAGCUGUCAGCCUUUGCACGGCAGUGUCUGGAGUUAGGGCCCCAGGCACUGUGCUGGGUGACUAAGUGCAAACCUCUUUUCUAAUUAAGAGGAGUCUGGCCUUUCCCAUCCCCCCCUUAAAACGUUUCACCAUUUGCUGAGCUGUUCAUCACAUUUUCGAGGGUCCUGGUCUGCACAGCUGGCCAAACCCAGUACAAACUGCAGCCCAGCCCAGCUCACUUCCAAAAUGCUGCCUGGAGCUUUCCAAUUAUGGCCUCCUCUGGCCCCAGGAGCUCACCAAAGCAUCCUCCAGCUGACAUUUGUCCUCAGGCCCCUAAAUCCUGCUGCAGACCAGCUCACUGGCUCCCAGCUGAGCUAGCGGAAGGCAGCAAAACACAGCAAGCAAUUGUCAGGAGUUGAAGUUUUUUAACCCAGAUCUCUCCAGGGACAUGAUGAGUUUUCACCAGGGUUCCUUUCUGCAGGCAGGAGGGGGCAUAUCACCGUGUCACAGACAGGACUUAGGGUUUUUAUCUCCAGAAGGGUCAUUUCCUUUCCUUUCCUUUCCUUUUUUUUUUUUGAGUUUUCUUUUUUUAACUUCCAUCUGCCCUGGGCCAUUUUUUGAUGAGCUUCUGUCUCUGAUCUGUCUGACAUUGCAAAUGCUCUUGCCUUUCACAUCCAUCUUUGUGCUGUUGCCAAUCUGUUGUGUAUAA